GCAAGAGAUACGCAAGUAAGGCCAGACUUGGAAGCUGAAAUUAGAGCACGGGUGCUGCCGCAGCAACGAUAACUCUUUCAGACUUCAGUCGCACCAGAAAACGGCAGAACGCCAAGAUGAAGCUCCCGACAACACUACUUUUGGGCCUCGUGGUCUCAAUUUCGAUCUUCAAGGUUUCACUGGCCGAACCACCCUUCAGUGAUGUUGAAAUCGUAGACGGGAAAUGCACGUACGGGAAUUACACCGUGGCAGAUGGCGAACGACUAAACCUGGCUGAACCGUGCCAAACGUGGCAAUGCGAAGUGGAAGCAAAGCGCUUUUCUGUGUUGAGCUGCGGAUACAUUAUAAAACCAUCGAACUGCGAGCUGGAACGAGGCACUGGAGUUUACCCCGACUGCUGUUACCGGACAGUCUGCACUUGAAUACCCGCACUCUGCCUCUAUUACAAGGGCGGCUUACAGACAUCGCCUAUAUGCCACCGUAAUGAAACUAUGUGCUAUUUACCAUUAAUGUUUUAUGCUAAUAAAGCUAACAGCUAUCCCCCUCGUA